AUGGAGAAGAUUGCCAAAAUUGAUCCAAAGGCUGUGGAUUAUCUUUCCCAAGUGCCAAAGCAGUGGUCAAGGCACAAGUUUGAACCACAAGUGGUUUGUGAUCACAACACCACCAAUUUUGUUGAAUCUUUCAACGCUUGUACCAAGCCUUUUAGAGACAUGCCAGUGUACACUCUGAUGGAAGAAGCUGGGAGUUGGUGUAUGAAGAAGAUUGGGUCUAGAUUUGACAAGGCUAUAGAAAUGGGACCAAACCAAUUGACUGAAUAUGCUGCUGGGGUAUUAGAAGAGAGGAGUCAACAGUCUAGGUUUUGUUCUGUAACAGCUGCUGUGGGAGGGGAAUAUGAAGUGAAAGAGGGGGCUGUCAAAUACCCUAUUAAGUUAGAUGCAAGGACUUGUGGUUGUGGAGUAUGGCAAAUAUCUGACAUACCUUGCAGACAUGGCCUUAGGGUUAUUUACCACCAAAGACUUGAGGCUACUGAUUUUGUGUCUCACUACUUCAAAGGGCAAGCAUACAAGUUAACUUACUCAGAGCACAUGCACCCCAUGCCUGACCCAACCCAAUGGCCUUCUUUUGACCUUCCUAUUAUCCUCCCACCACCCAUGAAGAGAGCAUCAGCUUCUAUUUUCUUCAAUUUCUCCUUCCUUUGUGCUGCCUUUGUUGUUUCUCAUUGGCAGUGGUUGCUCAAUGUUUCCCUUGCACCACUUGAAGUUGUCACAUAA